AUGACUACAGACGAUCAUAAUCAAGGUUUCCAAGAAUCGUCGGACUUUGUAGAAACCUUUAAGCAGUUGCAAGAAGGCGAGCAAACAGCUGAUAAGCUCGAAAAGAUGCUUGAUCAAUUGGAAGGAAAACUUGAUGAACUACUAUCACAAGCUAGCGAAACCAGCCAAACUACCAAUCAAAAAGAGCCAUGCGAAAAGAUUUUCUCUAUGAAUGAAGAUAGAAAAGAUUAA